AUGAACUUUUUGCUAUGUAGCCUGGCCCUGUCAGAUCUAUUGACAGGGUCACUGAGCAUACCACUUCACGUUGGCUGCGAUGUCACCUGGAAAACCAAGAUUUGUGUGGCUUCGCAGCUGUUUAUGCGAUUUACAUCAGUUUCCACGGUGAUGCACCUUCUUGCCAUUACAAUGGACCGCUACCUAGGCAUCAAACACGCACUUCGUUACAACGCUCUGGUCACAAAGUACAGAGUAAUUGUAACUUCAGUCUUAAUAUGGAGUUCUUCAAUAUUUUCAUCGCUGAUACAGCUUGCUUGGAUUAACUACGGACGCGAUGACGUCGAUGAAGAAGACGAAGACCUUACUAAGCAUGAGAUCCGUUACGACGUCACUAAUCUUGUACUUUAUGUUGCGAUUCCAUUCGUGGUCAUGACCAUCGUGUAUAUCAACAUCUUUAUUGAAAUAUUGCGUCAAUACCGCAAUAUCAAACAAUAUAAUUCUCCCGGAUGGACUGAGACAAAGAAAAGGACUCACCACGAAUGGAAGGCAGUAGCUAUUUUCUCCAUCAUGCUGUUAGUCUUCAUCAUUUGUUGGCUGCCAUUUUUUACCACUCGCUUGCAGCACAACUUGGGGAAGAAGUUAUUUGAACUUCCACUCUCGUCAGAGUACAUUUUCGUAUAUCUGAGGUUUUUCACGUCUUUUUUCAAUCCUUGUAUGUAUAUCUUUGGUAAAAGAGACUUUCGCCAGGCUCUAAGUCUCUCAAGGAGGGGUUUGUUUACGCGGUUUCACUCCUCUUCGUAUCAUUCAUCUCUGAAGACAACUAUGGUGUAGAUGGGCUCAUAAAACAUCCCAUACUGAUAUCAUUGUGAUACGAAAUCAUUCUAUUUCCGAUGGUAGAAAGUUGCAAAAACUAAAUACGGGAAAGACUGAUUUGGAAAGCUUACUGUGUUCACUUUGAAAACUUGGCACAAUUUCCCACAUUUUUCAAGUUCCGUCCUCCUGAGAAAUGGGUGAGCACAGGUUCAUUUCCCGAACAGCAGCUGGUAAUCGAGCCUAUUUAUGACCAAAAGCAAUCAACCAGUUUCUAACAUUCUCUGAAUUUAUUCCCUUUUUGUCAAAUAGAAACGGCUCGUUGGACCAGAGAUGGAAUCAUUGGAAAGUAAAGGAGAUAUAAAUAUCAGAAAAUUGCGCAUUCCAUUGGUGGGUUUCCUCUUUCUAACAAACAUUUUCGAUAACCAACGUUACCGCUGACUGAUUUACUUUUCACAGAAAUGAUUAAAAAUUAAUUUCUCUCACAAUUCCAAUGCAUUAGCCAGUGAAAAAAAAAAUUAGCCAGUAGGUUAGGAAACCAGAGAGAUGUUUUUUCGUCAGAGGUUUCGGAGCGAUCACGCACAACGUUCAACGUUCAAAUGGGAACCUCCCACCAACCUAUCCAUUCAGAAUUAGUGAUACAAACAAACAAACAAACAAACAAACAGAUAAAGUAUAAGUGAGGCUAAGGAGUCUCCAACACACGUUAUAGCAUUGUUGUUGUUUACCUUGAGUUUUUGUUUCAUUGUUUCCAAGUUCAGUAUCUCCACUCCUCCUUGUAUAUAGAGAACAUGUUUGCCCCCUAUAUGCACCAUAUCUGAGCUACUUAGUUAUAACGUAACAUAAGCCCAGUUAGCACUGUGCUGAGACAGUAAUCAAGGUUGUGAUAAAUUAUUUAUGUAUUCUUAUUAUCACCGUGUGAUUCCAGUUGUUAAGUACUCUUAUGGAGUAGUUCUUGGCUGGUAUGAUGUGUGCUUUGUCUAAAACGAGACUAAGAGUGUAGUGUUUAGAGUGCUUACCAGAAAAUUCUUAAAGGUAAGAAAAAAAAAAACAAAAAAAAAAAACCGCAAAACCUAAAACCGCCGCUUCGUAUCAGCCACGAACUGAUUUUCACAGCCAUCAUUCUUAUUAAUAUUUUUAUUAUUAUGUCAAUAAUGUGUGUUCUGUAGAUAUUGCAUAUUUGAAAUUUAAUAAUACCUAGCUUCAUACAUCGUAUAUUAUAAGAAUAUUAUAUUUAUAAGGGAUAACCUGCAGUUAUUAGCCUCAUAUGGGCGUUUUUGAUAAUUCUUUUCAAGAAGGAUUUCGUGUCAAAAGGGUACUCAUUCAUUGAUAUCACUAACAAUAUAGUCGAUGGUCGUGCAUGUUGCAUGCACUUUACAAAAUAUAAUAACUCCCCCUUCCAUCUUUAAGAGUUGGAAGCAUGUCACUUUCUUCUUUCAGUAUCAUUAUCGACAAUGAAGGAGACGAUCAUUAACUAAGGAAGUUCUUUAUUUUUAAACAACUUUUCCUCAAUACUAUAUUUAUGAGAGUAUAGGUACCAAAGGAAAUUACGUUACAAAUGUUUGCACGUCUUGUUUGUAGCGGCUCUGCAAACAUUCAAUUGACUUUUGAAUCAUAAGAGUUUCUCGCAUCUAAUCUCUCGAUAUCUCGAUAUCGUCUUGUUUGAAGCGGCUCUGCAAACAUUCAAUUAACUCUUGAAUCAUAAGAGUUUCUUGCGUCUAAUCUCUCGAUAUCACAUCACUGCUGAAUCAAACAUUAAGGUUAUGAGAAUAUAAGAAAUGACCACUCAUUCAAGACGCUCUUGAUUGAUAAACAAGCUCUCCUUUUAAAUAUCAUAAGAAAUGUACAAAGAAGAUUAUGAAGAAUGUACAAACUGAUGUCAGGGUUCAAAAAGGUUAAUCAAUAUAUAAAUUUAUUUAUGUCAAAGUGUGUGGGGAGAUUAUUUCUCUAUCCGGGCCCAAGACUCAUUUGUAAAAAACUUAAUAAUAAGUGGGUAAAACUUAACUUAACAAUCAAAUGAACUAUUUCAGGAGCCCAUUACUUGGUUAAAUGGGCUCCUGACUAUUUAUAAUAAUAUCAAUUUAAGGUAAAUGUAUUUAAAGAUAAAUAAGCAUACAUAACUCCUUCGACCAUGAUACAAAAAAUACUUGUGCACUCUAUUACUUUGUCUUUAAAUUUCGGAUGUCUUCGUAGUCCCUCAUGCUAAGGUCCGGUCAAUAUUUAUCCCCCGGGAUGGGGGGAGGGGAGGAUUUUGGUUGAGUCAUAAUAAAAAUUACCUGAUCCCCCUCUAAGGCUCUUAAAUAUUCUUGCAGCUACCCGUAAUUGGCAGUUAAUUUUUCCACAUUCCCCCUUUAUUCUCUGUCGGCGACGACUGACCCUCCCCCCCCCCACCUUCCUUUAGGCCCUUUCCGAUUGUACUCGGCAACUUUUUAGCAACUUUUGGCAUUUGGAGCAACUUUUUGCGGUUCCGUAACAACUUUGGGAAAAGUUGCCUUUCUGAGCAGUUUUUAAGCAAAAUACGGUAUAGGUUAAACUUGAUCUCAUAUCAGUACGAAAAAGUUAACGAUUUCAUAAAAAGCUAACACAUAACCUGUCACUUGACAUCGUUUCACAUUGCGAUGUUUAUCUAUUAUUAUAACGGGUAAUUGACUAAAAGGACGUUGGGCAGGGCUUUAUUAAAAUUAACCAUGUGUCCUGUGGCCUCAGACUUAAGUAUCUUAGUAUGUCACUAAUUCAUGAACGAUGUUAACAACGCCUGUGAAAAACGAAAAAUAGGGCCUUUUUAAAUUGAAAUAACUAAAAAUAUAAAGAAAUUUUGGUAGCAAAUCUGCUAGGAUUUUUGGAAAUAUUUGAGCAGGUUUUUGGCUUUCCACUGAGCAACAGGCUCGCCUCCUAUUCCCUGAAUUUUUAUGUUGAAGGGGGAAUCACGGGAAACCGCUGGCAUCCUCUCCCUUCGAUGUAAACCGCUCUAUCUUUUACUCUAGUGAAAAUAUAUUAACUGUCAUAUCUUAAGGUAGAAAUAGCUGGGAGUAUGAUAGUAAAUUUUUUUCAUCAUCAAGUCAAACGCAAAAUCAUUUGGAUGCACAUGUCUGGGAGAUGUAUAGAUGGUGACGCACAAAGUUAAUUUUUAAGGUUACUUUCCACCUUCGCGGGUAUCCUUCGGGAAAAAAAUUCGUAUGUGCGCUAGUUUCACUAAAAUCCCUAGCAAACUGUACAUCAGGAGAAAGCUUAAUGACUGCAGAUUACGAUAUAAAUAUAAUUUAAACGACUUCUCUUUUAAGGAAGUUGGUAAGGCUUGAAACGACCGAAGGUUCUUCUACUGAAUUUAUCGGGUAUUGGAUACCGCAACACGAGCAAAAUGGCUGUAUUAAUCAACGAAAUUGUGCCGGGCGAGGCGUGUUGCGUAAAUGGUAAACACGAGAUCAAUAUUAAACAUAUCAAAAUAUGCCGACACUAUUUAGUUUGUCAUUAUUCCUGGAAAAUUUUGGCGAAAUUUGACGAAUAACGGUCAAAUCUGUAUACUCUAUAAAUUCGCUCAAAGUGUUUGUAUUCCUUCCAAAAUUAUAUGCAUGAUUUUAACUCAUAAAAGUUCGGAAACAACUCGCACCACGCCAGGAGAUUAUCUCGUCUCCUGAAACCGCAAACCAAUGGGACAACGGGACCUCCUGGCUUCAAUGACAAUGGUUCAAGAUAAUCUGUGCCAGUUACCGUUUCCACAAAGCUACAUCUAUCACAUGGAACAUGGCUCUCUGCCCAUAACAAUGACAUCUUGUGAAAUGUCAAUGUCACAUAAGGUAGUAUUCUCUAAAAAAAAAGAAAAAACAGUAACUUAUUUUGUCCCGUUAUGUUAUGAAACUGGAAAAAAAGACUAAAUUGCAGUAUUUUUGUUUUUUUCUCCAAGACAUCUUAGAAGAAAAACAUUUCAUUGGAUCUCAUUGGAUCACCAGCAAAUCAUUAUCAAGUAACUUUUUCAUCAACGAAAAGUUUAAGGAAAUGGUUUCAAACAUCGUCACUCCUUUUUCACGUUUGAUUAUGAUCUGACAAGAGGAUACAAAGACUAAAAGACAAUCGCUUGAUAAUUUACAACCUGUAGUAUUAUUAUUUCUUUUAGCUUAUAUAGGUUUACGGGCUUAAAAUCUUUCCCAUUUUGCUCUUAAUCAAAAAAUGAACAGAUGCUAGACGGAGCAAUCAGUUCAGUUUAGAGUGGUCGCGAACAAAGGGGUGCAAUUUGUUUCAACGCAAAAAAAAUGUGAAUCGAGUCUUGGGCCAAUAGACAUGAAUGAAUUUUCUCGGAUUUCUUCUAAUGACGCACUUUACAUCUUAACGCCAAGUAAUAGCUGUAUAUCAAAGCGAAAACGAUUCUGAUAAAUCAUUAUUCAAGUCUUAAAAAUGUGUGGGAAAAUAACCGCGCGCGUCUGAUGUAUGGAUGCCAAAACCAAAGUGAAAAGUGUUUCUCCGUCUUGUUUGACUAUUGCAGACGUAUUUUAAAAAGGGAUAACCACAUGUAAGUCUUAUAAAUCUGAUAACGUUGUAUUGGUGAAUUAGUAUUCGGUUUUCUGUCUUUUAUGAUUUAAAUACAGCCACAUAUUAUAGAAAAAUCGAAUGUUUUUAACCGUUACAGAUGGAUCACCGCGUUUUUGACACCGCAUAAACGUAAGACAGAUUGGUUUUCAUCCUAACAAAAUUCUAUCUGACUACCUAAAGAGGCUCUCUAGGGUUUUGUUCAAUGUUUGCGAGCGCGCCAGCGUAAUGUUUUUUUUGAAAAUUUUUAUGUUUUCGCUUUUGAAGGUCACUAAAAGCCACCAAAAGGCAAUGAACAAGGUUCAGGCUAUUAUCAAAACAAUAUUCGUUCGAAAGCUAAGGCUCUACGAAGGGAGGCUCUCGCCAAUAAUAAUUUGGCUUUGCCUUUGGUUUUCUUCAAUGAAAUCUCUCAAAAUCUUCACAAUUUGUGAAAUUUUUCUUGCCGGUCAUUUAAAAGCCGAAAAAUAAAGGGGUUACAAAGGCAAUAUUCUUGCUAUUUGCAAUUUUGUAUUUUCUUCCUUUAUCUCCGGCCAAUUUGGUCCUAUGAAUUUUUUUUAUCAACAUUCACAAGGAAGGGCACAAAUAUGUUUAACGGUCUAGCAAAUCUUAGUCGGAAAUUCCACCGAAGGAAACGCGAUAAAUCUUGCUCGAGAGAUCCCUAUUUUCUUCGUCGCAGAACAUUACAUGAUGGAAGAGAAACUCGCCAAGAUCUAUAUCUGAGCAUGUGUAGACUUUUCGACAUCUGUCGCCAUUUGGCAAUCUUUCCCACGGUGUUUUCUUUUCUCCGUGUUUGUUUUGUUAUGUUCGCACCCAGAUCUUGCGCGGUCAAAAAACCCCUUUAGAGCCUCCUUAAUCCAGAUGUAAAUAACAGGUUCGACUUAAAGAAAUGUUUUAUUUAUAUAAUCAUACAAAUAUUAACCUAGCUGAGUAAUAUUAUGAUAUUGAACCGAACGAAACCGUAUUUCGAACUUGACAAUGAUGCGAUAUGAAUGAAGAACCUUAAAACACUCAGCAACUUGGAAAUAUGUGAGUAAUACCAUCAAAACGUUCUGAGGUAAUUUAUCUAGACAAAUCAAGCCGGGCAAGUCUUGGGAACUGAGAGAGAAAAUGGAUAUUUCAUUUGUCACGUCUUAAUAUUUCAGUCUUGCAGAAUUUUCUUUCACGCCUAUUUUGGAAAUAUCUUAUAAAUAUAACUGACUCGAAGAACUAGCAGCUUUCGUUCAGAGCAAAAAAAAAAAAAAAAAGAUUUUAUGUCGAUCUCCUUUCCUUUCUGUGAAUUCACAGCACACAGAAGUAGGAAGUUAUACCUAUGUCGAUAUUUUGGUCAAUUUCGAUCCAGAAACACAUUCGAGCUGAAUUUUUAAAGGGCGCUAUGAUAAACAGCAAUCAGCCCAGUUUGUGUCGGGAAUAAUUUUGGCCAGUCUUCGAGAGUUGGCGUUCACGCCCAAUCGACUCUAAGCUCUAUGAAGUGACAGCCCGCGUUGUAAGUAAAAGAAAGAUUAAUUGUACCAAAACUUUGUCUGCAAUUGACUGCUGAAUUCGAACUAGAGCAAUAUCUAACUCUGGUAUGAAUCAGAUUCAGAAGCGUUCCAAAAUAGAUCAGUCUGAAGCUUUUCGAGAAUCUUAGAUUUUGUUGAAAUCGAUUAGUCAAUUUCUUUUUAAUGCACUAAACCGGUCUUGACUAAAAUUUUUUGAGGUAAAUUUUUUAAAACAAAGUUAAGAGGUGGCCGUCGUGUCUGGUUUGAACUCUUAUCGUCCAGAAUUAGAUAACUUGACGGUAAUACCACAAACACUUGCGACAGUGAGGCAAAUGCAUCGGAUCAAAAAUUACAGUUUGCUUUCAACAUCCUAUGUACAUAUCGUAAAUUUAGAUUGUCAUGAUUAUAUUUUCAAAGCUUCAUGAUCGUUUGUUUCCUUCUGACAGAUAAAUAAAUUAAAGCGCGUUUUUAAAUGCAUACGCGAAUGUUAUAUCCUCAAGAAGAGUUCAUUACUUAUCGGAAGCCAAUACACAUUACUUCUUGCGCUGAGGAUAUACGAUAGAGUGUUUCAUGAUGAUGAAAUAAAUAAAAGCAGGAGCUCACUAAUGGGCUCCUGUUAAAACGUGUUAUUUUUUUUUCGUCUUUCGUCUUGUUACGAGCUUGGGGCCAAAAAAAAAUACUCAGUCCGCAUGAGGAAUCGAACCUCAGACCUUCGGAUUGCUAUUUCGAAGUUUUGACCAACAUAGAGUGGAAAGCACCGCAAAUACGCAGGACUAUUUCCAGGUGAUGGGGUCCCAGAAAUGAAUUAUCACCUCGCUGUAGGCAAUGCCAUAUUUCUAAAAAGGCAUUGAAAUCUUCACCGCACAAAUUACCUUUCAGUGUUUUCAUGCAUGAGUUAUUUAUGUUGUUCAACCAAUAUUUGUGUAAAAUAUGGACACAGUUUUCCCAAAUUACCAACGCGAGACGAUUUAAUGAAAAAUCAGCCUUACAUAACAUCAACCAAACGUGUUUGUCACUUUUUCAUUGUGAGUCUUUCCAACUUGUGAAUUAAAAGAGACGGAUAGUGGACUCUAUAAGUAACACUUAACACUCCAUCAAUGAUAAUUUGGCUUCCUUUAAAAUCUUUACACCUAGAAAUUUUAAUAAGAAAAAAAAAUUGGUAGCGCGGAUGGUCAGGAACUGAAGUAUUAAAAAUUAGUAAUCAUAGUUACAUGUAAAUUUAAGAGUAAACCUGCUUGCACGUUCUAUUGCUUUGUGGACUUCUAAAAGAAACGAGCUGAUAAAUAAUUCGUUAUUCAAUUUGAUAACGGGACGUGACCUUUCGAACCCAUGAAAUAUUGCGACUACUUCCUCAGAGAUCCGACACAUGAUUGACAGCCCUCUGUAAACGCUUUUUACACAAGGUGCAUUACGCGUAGAAUGUUUUUGAAGGGUGCAUCUGAUAAAGAAUUCAUAUCACGGAAUGAUUUGCUGUAUGUGCCAGCUACUACCUGGAUAAAGUCCGUAAUGUUGAUACAGCCCUUGUUUCAGAAUUUCUUUUUUUUUUUUUUUUUUUUUAUAAAGAGGCCCAUUUCGCGUGCAUUUUUUCUACUAUUACGAAUAAUUUUUCUUUAAAUUUUAUGUCAAAUAUCCAUAUCUUAAUUGAAAUCUACAAAGUUUACAUUUUGCACCCGUAAAUUUUAAUAUUGCGUUUAAAUACAGCAAUGUCGGGAAAAGAUAACGAUUGAAAUGUUUGAAUUGGAGGAGGCAGGUAGACAAAACCCAGAUAGCUUCGAAAAUAACCACAACUACAUUCGGAAAUAAUCUUUACAUGUUUCAGAAGCACAAAAAAAAAAAAAAAAAAAAAAUUCAUGGACACUAAUAACGAGGGAUGACUUAAUAAUUUUUUCUCUUCUCCAAUUCAAUUAAAACUCUUUUAUUAAGACAUUCAGCAAAAUCGUUCGAACGACAAAUCGUCCUGGCAACCACUGCAUAAACUAAGUCAUGUUAUUAUAAAGUUUCGCUAAAGGGAAAACGAUGUAUUAUGUGACUUUCUCCUAAUUGAAAAACAGCUUAUGGAAUGUUUAAUUGAACUUGACUCUGAAGUCUACAUCUCAUGAGUUAUUAAUGAAGAUGGGUUCCGAAAUAGUUAUUUCAUUGGUUUACAGUACGUCUGAAUGACCUGAACAUACAACUUUUUUAAAGCCCGACUGAAAGGGAGAUAAUUACAAAAGAUACACCUGUCGAAGCAAUUUGUUCCAGGUUUUAUUUGAAUUGUGUGUUUUCUUUAUGCGAACUAUUUACCCUCUGAAAGCCCCGCUGUAUAAACUUGAAAGAAUGGGUUGGGGUCUUUUUUCUGAAAUUGUAGGUUAUAGAGUCUGGCGUAAGUUUUCCAAAAGCGUCUAGAACACUCCGCGUUUUUGCAACAAAUCACGACGUCGCUGUCCGAUACAGAACGGUUAAAAAGAUUUAUUCCUGGAUGACACAAAAUUAGGUGAAAGUAUCAAAUUGGAUUUUAUUUUUUUAAAUUCCGAUUAGCUUGUUGAAUCUCAACGGACAGUUUCACCUUCAUUAAACAGAGCCAACAUGAGUCAGACGUCAACUGAACAGAACGACUCUCGGUUCAACAAUGUUUCCACUGGUUUGGCGCUGAAAAACUUCUCAAAUUCAGGUAAGGAAAACAACGAAUUCUACGAGGGUAAUAUGUUACUUUUUUCUCUUAUGCCUAAAUUAUGCUGGGAGAGAUUUGAGCAAGACAGACCUUUGACAGGCAUCGCUAAAUUGUAUGUUUAAGAUGAGGAUGUUUAAAAAAAAAAAAAAGAAAAGAAAAUUCAAUUUGCCUCGGUCCCUCGCAGUCUGAUCAUCUUACUAAAUUUUUUGAGUUCGUCUUUUUCAUAUUUUUUCAAUAUAUAUUUAGGCGUUCUCGUAUUGUUUUGGUUAAUUUUCGCCUCUUCGAUGUUUCGCUCCCUUAGAAAUCGAUUAUUUAACUACCCCAUAAUUUAACGGCAAUUUCGAUGUCGCUCUUUAGCAACUCAAGGUAAACAACGCCGAGUCAGUCGUAGGAAUAAGAUUAACUUUGUAAUUUACUUAUUAAGAAAUAUAUGGAGGAAAAUUUCUUGAAGGAUUGAAUCCAAUGAAAUAUUUACUAUGUAAUAAGCUAUCACAGAGUGAUCCAAACCGACCACAGAGCUCAGUUAAUAAUAAAGCAAGUUUGUUUUGAUAUCCAUCAAAUGAAUAAUUAACUAAUGUAACUCGAAUUUUAAUGCGAAUUGAAAAAAAAAAAUUCGCUGUACAACGAUAUCAUUAAACUCUUCGCCUCAUCAGUUAUAACCCACCUAAAUGAAUAAUUUUCUUUGCUACAAAGUUACCAUUAACCAAUUACAAGGUAAUUAUGAAAAUUGCGAGGCAAAAAUCUGUUUUGAAGUUUAGCUAACGUCUCAUUGCGUAACAAUAACAAGAAAAUGGUUAAGAAGUACACUUAGCCCCUGUUUUUUGCAUUGACCGGCCCUGCAUUAUAAGUUUGAACGAAAAUGCACUAUGGAUAGCCUUGUUUCAGUCUUAAAUCGUACCAUUACUCAUUUCUGUGACAUAUUUUCGUCAUUUAAGCUUCAUGAUUAUCCUCAUUAUUUUUUCACCUUUUUCGAGUACAGGAUAUUUCUACUUGACUUCAACCAUCACUGAUAAAUUUCAGACUCAAAAGUAGAAUUAAGAACACUUGGAGAAACGAUGUAUUUAUUAUGGAACGGGUUGAAUUUUCUAAGCGACUCGAUUACUUAUCCCUAUUUUUAUUAAACUCUUCGUCAGGAUUUUUUAGUCGCCGCCAUACCCAAAGAGUUUCUCCGUUGAUGCGAAGAUAGAAUAGCGGGUUUAAACUACCUUUCAACGGCCGAGACACGUUUAAAAAAGCAGGGUUGACGGGGGAUUCUAUGAGCUCUGGAAAGAGCUCCCGAUCAACACACUGCAUUUCUUAUCGGUACACAUGGCAGAGUUUUAAAUUUUUGAGAUCUUUUUGUUUCUGUUGCUUCUGCAAACGAAGAGUGUUAUGAUUAACCUGUUGUAAUAAACGCUGCCCAUGGUUACUUUUCCGAAUUCGCACAAUCGCAAAGCUUGGGAAGUCGGUAUUGUUAGUACAGUAUCUCAAUUUCAAUUCUUAAUUGCUUUUGGGCUGAACAUAUUAAGCAGACAGUUAAGGUAAAUUAGCGUAAAUUUCCUCUUCCAAAUAGGCCUUAAAAUUCACGGUUUUCUCUGUUAAAUAUUAAAAUUACUCUGUUGUCUCAGCUAAGAAAACUUAUUCAUGGACACCUCAGGUUGCUUAUCAUUCAGUCAAGUAUGCCUAUAGACACAAAUACAAUUAGUUUCUGAUGCUCUUUAAUACUCCUCUCGUAUGUGAGAACCAUUUAAUUACUAAGAUUUUACAUUUUUUCAGACUCUCUAUAACUGCCGAUUUGCCAACAUUAUAAUUAAUGAAUUGGUCAGACGUAGACUAAAAUUCAGUGUAUGAUAAAUUGUACAUACAGGCGAGAAAGCUCAGUUCAAAACUCAAAAGGAAACAAAUUCAGUUCAAAUGGCAUCAAAUCUUCCCACGGAUUUGUUUGAGGAGCAUACAUGCGUUUGGACUCGAUUACCGAACCUGCUAUGGGUUAAUUUUGUUGUUUUUUUCCCCUUCAUCCUGCAUGUAUUGCUCCAGGUUCUCGAGUUUUCCUCUCCAUAAAAUCCACUCCCCAAAGUCCAACUUUACUUGAUAUCAGCAGACAAGAAGAGCCACUGCUUGGUUGUUUACAGUUCCGAUUUAUAAUCAUUAUUUUAUUUCAUUUUUUUAUUCAUGUAGAUGACGAGUUCGAUGACAUGAGUGAAGGUCGUUUCCAACCUGUUGUAGACGUUCCAGCGAUUGCGUUGGCGGUAUUUAUAGUCAUCAUUAACAGUUUAGCUUUGAUAAUGGUGGCGAAGAAAACAUACUUGAGAUCCAUCACCAAUCUACUGCUGUGUAGCCUGGCUUUAUCCGACCUCCUUACUGGCUUGGUCUCUGUGCCACUGUUUAUCACGUGUAACAUCAUCCGUAGAUUAGCAGUUUGUCUCACUGAAGAGCAAUUGUCUCGUUUCAUCUCAGCCUCUAUUGUGUCUCAUCUGAUGUCCGUUGUGAUUGACAGGUAAUGGAAAUAUAGUAAAGAUUUUGUAAUCAAAAUCUCUUUUUGUAGAAAAGCUUGGUUUAGAAAAUGAAGAAUUACAACCAUAUUGAAAACCAUACCGUGCUUUUAUUCUGAGUCUCUCAUAGCUGUAGUUUCUUUUCUUAGGAAGCUAAAUGUACGUUCUCUCCAAAUAAUAUGUGAAAGAGGUUGAGAUCAGAAACAGAAAUCGAAAAAACCAAACAAGUAAAAGCAACCCUCAGCUGGACUAGUGCUGGAGUUGCGCGCCGGUCGCAAAUAUUCCAAUUUUGCAGAAGAAAAACCACUAUUUCUUCAAACGUGUGCCGCUUGGGCACUCAUAUAAUUUAGCGGAAAAAAAAUUGAGACCGAGACAAAUUUUUCAUUAAUUUUUCUAAUUGUUAAGUAACCAUGUCAGAAACGUAUAAAGAAAUGAUAAUAAUGAUAACAAUAAUGAUAAUAGAUGAACACGAUAAACUGAUAGGAAUGAUAAAACCUUAAGGAGGCGUUAAUUAAGGAAAACGACUUUCUUUUUUAGAUAUCUGGCAAUUGUACACCCUUUGCGGUACACGUCACUGGUAACACUCCGCAGGUGUGCCAUAGUUAUUAUCUUUAUCUGGACAUCAUCGGCCGUCACUGCAUUGGUGCAAUUAACUUGGCUCGAUCCAUUCAACCACGAUCCACAUGACGAAGACCUGACGGACUCCUUUCAAAGAACAGAACUCGUCUAUGACAUACUGUUUCUCAUUCUAUUUUUUCUAAUUCCUUUGAUGAUCAUGUGCUUUACCUAUGCGAGAAUAAUCUUUGAGAUAAUUCGUCAAAGUCGUAACAUCCGGCGAGAAAAUACGCCCAGCUUACCAGACACUAGGAAGAGAUCUAGGAAUCACCAUGAGUGGAGAGCCAUUGCAAUCUUCGCCGCCAUGAUGUUCGUUUACAUAAUCUGUUGGCUGCCUUAUUUUAUGCUUCGCCGAUUCGAUUUGUCGGCGUUGGCAGACACUUUUAUACUGGCUGUUGUUUGGUUGAGGUACCUCGCGUCGCUUUUAAACCCUUGUAUGUACAUAUUCGGCAAAAAAGAUUUUCGAAAAGCUCUGAUUGAACAUGUGCUACCGAUGAAGCUGCAACAAAAUUCCUCGUCUACGAAAUCAACGGCUUUAAGAAGUACUGUAAACGCCGACGACUUCUUUAGUAGGAGAGGUGGAGGUUACACGGAAAUUGGCAGAAGAAAGGAAACUUCAGUUAUCUGA